UAGCAGACGACAGCGGACCGUCAAUCUUUCUUUUUCUUUUCUCGAGAACACUCAAUUUAACUCUACCAGCCAUCAUGAAGGUUUCUAUGAUCCUCGUUUGCUUGGCCCUUGUGCCUUUCGUCGUAGCUCAGACGCCUCCAACGGAGGAAGAAGCCGGCCUCUGGGAAUAUAUCAGCGGCCUUUUCGAAACGGAUCCCAUCAUCACCAUCAAAGAAAAGGCCCAGGUUGUCAUCGACAACGUGAAGGAUACCCACGUCAAGGUCAACGAUUUUUUCGCCGAACUCGAGCUCCCAACCAUCCCAGGCGAAGACGAGUAUCCCACCAUUGAAGAGCUCGAUGCCCAGAUGAGGGAGCUAUCCGAAAAAAUUGAAAAACGCAUCCAGGAUGCUAUUGACAGCAUCGACUUUGACGCAUUCAACCUGGACGGCGAGCCUGAAGGCGAGAGCGAGCACGAAGCCGAGCCCGAGCCAGAACCAGAGACUCCUCCCCGUGCAAAGUGGUACCAGUGGUGAACAAUCAAUGAUAUUGACUGAAUUCCCAUGAACAGUGAUUCCAUUCUCAAGAAGAAUAUCUCCAAACGCCCGAAAUUUCCCGCGAAAUUUACCCUGAUUACACCUCCACACAAUCUGAUCGCGUUUAUAUCGCAAACUCAACAAGAAUUAAGAUAAACAGUGCAUUCUCAAAAUGCAUGAUGAAGAAGUAUUUUCUAGUCCUCAUUGUUGAUAGAUCUGUCAUAAGGAGAAUAAAAUGCUGUCAUUUGUUAUCAUGACAAAACAUUAUGACGUCACAGGGUAGAAUUCGAUUAAUUCAAACAACCUGUUUUUGUCUCUGUUUUAUAUUUCUUUUUUUCUUAAUCUAUUAAACGUCGUUGCAUUAGCUGCACGAAAAAAAGAUUAUUCAUAUGCUUAUUAAAUUAUUGUGAUAACGGUAUUCGAUAAAACGUGUAAAUUUGUUUCUUAUUGAGUAAAAUGUUGUAAAAUCUA